ACGACGCGGUGCCUCAGCAUCUGUCGAACCCCACGGCAUCUACCUGCAGAAUUUAGGACCCAUUAACUCAAACAUAGGUUUCUGGGAUCUCCCGGGCAGAUAUCUCCGAAGUAACGACUCCAGGCUCGACCACCAUCACCCAGGACCUCGUCAAGAUCGCUAUUUAUUGUUCAUGUGGCACAUAGUUUUCAAUUAGAGACCUCGACACCCGCACAACCUCGUACCUUCAUCCAUGGGAAGCAUCAUCAGCAGCCUGCGGGGUAGUGACUCGUUCUUCCUCUCCCUGCUGGGGCACACCCUGUAUGUUGUGCUCUGGCCGAUUGGAUUUGUACUCGGUGCUGGAUGGAUAGUGGCCUGUUUAACGGCGGCCGGCUGCUGGAUGAUCGUCCGGUUGCCUUUCGUCCUUGCCUACGACUGUUUCAGAUUAUGCAGGAAGGCCUGGAAGAGUCACAAGAGGGGACACACUGCCACAAAACCCACUGAAAGGGUCAAGGAGAGGCCGCUCGCAACAGAGGUCGACGAGAAGCAGACUUCUCAAGCUCCCAAGAUCCAGCCUGCAGCCUCGCCUAAGCCAAAUCUAACCAUCGACACGACCGGUCUCCGCGGAUCUGGUCUCCCACCCAUACACAGGUCGCUCAGGUCAAGGCUGUUUCAUUAAAGUGUUCCUGGCUUCUUCACUGCUGCUCCUAUCAUGAAAUCGGCAUACUCUAUGCUUUACUAUGUCCACCGUAUGUCCUAUGCGCUACGUAUAUAUGCCACUCCUUUCCCCGCGGACAUGGAACCCUGUGUAUUUGUACUAUACUAUUUGGAUUCAGC